GACAGAGGAAGUGACGGUAGCAUCAAGCGUUCCUUCUUAUUGUGAACAAAUAACAUUAAACAUGGCGGACUUCGAGUCCGGCAGGAUAAAGCAGCUGCGAGACGAGCAGCGUGAUACACAGAAAAAAUCUUUCACUAAAUGGGUUAAUGACCACCUGGGGGUUUAUUCACAGUCUGUGGAGGAUGUGUUCGAGGACCUAAAGGAUGGACUCGUCCUGCGCAGUCUGCUUGAGAUCAUCUCUGGCGAAGAGCUUCCUAAGCUUAAUAAAGGCAACUCUAAAGUGCACAACGUGUCAAAUGUCAGCGUAUCCUUUGACUUCCUGCGCAGACAGAACAUGAAACUCGUGGGGAUCGGUCCCGAGGACAUCGCAGACGGGGUUCCUGAUCUUGUCCUUGGGCUCACGUGGUCCAUCAUACACAAGUACCACAUCAACCAGAUCGAAAUUGCCUUCGUGACGUCGUGGCGUAGCGGGCUCGCGUUCCUAGCCCUGAUCCACGCUCACCGGCCCGACCUGCUCGAGUACCGAGUGUUCAAUCCACACGAAAAAGCGUUCAACCUAGAGACCGCCUUCCGCAUCGCCGAGCAAAACCUCGGCAUAACCAGGAUCCUCGAUGUUGAAGAUUUGGAGAAGCAGCGGCCUGACGAGAAGUCAGUGAUGACGUACGUAGCUUAUUUCUUCCACUGCUUCGCCCAGCUCGACCACGGCAAGCGUUGCAACCGCAAGCUCACCACAGCUGUGGGCAUCGAGCGUCUCAAGUACACGUACGAGGGCAAGGUGACGUUGCUGCUACAGUGGAUAAAGAGCAGCUAUUCAGCCCUCAGGGCCCGGGACUUUCCAAACACUCUUCAUGGCGUGCAGAAACUUUGCCAGCAGCUCAACCACUUCAGAAAGCACGACGUCAAGUUCAGGAUCAUGGAAUACAACGAAGUGAUCGCGCUGAUCAGCUCGGUUGACGCCAGAAUCAAUGAGAUCAACAAGCGUACCACAGAUCCGCUACGCAGUAAACUGUUGCCAGAUCUGCAAAAAGAAUGGCAGAUCUUGGAGGAGGAAUUAACGAAGCGGGAGUCUGCACUCAAGAAGGAAUUGGCUCGCCAGGAAGUCCUUGAAGACCUCGCGAGCUCCUUCAAGAGGAAGGUGUUCAUGAGGGAGGAGAGCCUGAAGGAUCCGGAGCGCUGGCUCGCCUUUGACGAAAAACGGACUGAUUUUUCUGCGGACGCGAUAAACGAGCGCCUGCACAAACUCGUGUGCCUUCUGGCCGAACUGCAGACGAAGGACGAACAGUUCGAUAAGCUGAUGAAUGCCGCAGCAGAGCUUCAGGCCAGGAAAUAUCACAUGGCAGAUGACAUGAUGGAGGUGGCAAGUCAACUUCAGGAGCGCUACCAGACUCUAAUGCGCGCCCUCCAGACUCUGAAUAAACAGGCCCAAGCGCACCCUGAGAUCGCAGGCUGCAUCACAAACAUCGAUGUCUACCAAGAAGAGCUUGGCAGGAUUAAGUCGAAGCUGCAAAAUAUUGAGUUGAAUAACUCACUGAUGUCGGUGGUGACGGGACUGGAGAUAGUGGCCCACGCGAGGACAAGCAUCACGACGCUGCGCAAAUCAUUCAACAAAAUCGCCGAGCGAGGCUCACAGUACCAGAAGUCGGAUGAUGCCACUGCCAAGUUCUUCAUCGGACGCAUUUUGGAGUUCCAUAAAUUCUUCAAGGAGGUUGACGAUGUGCGCCGCACCAUGCACCGAGUCUUGUCUUCGGCCCUCGUGGUUGCCAACUUAGAGGAGAACCGCAAGAGACUGGACGACUGGACUCACGCCACGAAGCUCGUCAUGGAACGACGACUCAACGUUGGCGACUUCGGGACACUCAUGGCCGUGAAGGAUGCGCUCGAGCUCGCAGUAAUGGAACACGUGGCGUACCAGCCUCUGGUAGCAGCGAUACAGAAGCAUAUGCAAGUUCUGCGCGACCAUCAGGGAUCAAGUAAUGAGGGCUUCACCCUCAUGGAAAAACAAGUCAACAUUUCUAUUGAUUCUUUCGAAAAUGUUAAACCCGCUCUCAUGACUCAUCAGGAGAGGGUCAAGCGAUUUGUUGCUGCAGACGAGUUUCUCGAUGCUCUGGAAGAGGCGGAAACUUUCCUGAAGGCGCGCACGGCAGUCGUAACGCCCCCGGCCAGCGUUGUGGAGGCGGUCGCUGCGCUACACGCCGUUGAGCGAGUUGAGGCUGACAUCGGCAGCUUCGCGCCGCGGCUAGCAGCCUUCAGGCUGACAGCAACUAAACUCACCUUCGUUCCUAGUAAACAGCAGGAUGAUAGCAGUGACGAGGAGACCAGCAGCUCCAGCGGCUCUGCUGACGACGGAGAGCAAACAACCAACAAGGAAAAUUCCCCGGGUUCUUCGAAUUGGCCCUCACGCAAGAUUGCUCGACAAGACUUGCAGCUUAACGAUUUGAUGAGUGAGAAGCUUCAGCGCGUGGAAGACUCUUAUAGCCACCUCCGGAGAACCACAUCAGAUAUUCGUGCCGAGCUUAACGAAACCAAGAAAUUCUUGAAUUUUAUGGAAACUUGUGGCAGCUUCAGAGCUUGGAUAAAAGAACAAGAUGGCUUCGUAAGAGCUGCCUUGAAAGACAAACGUACUUCAGAAGAAAAUUUGCGGAACCUGAAGGAGUAUUCAGUGCGUAUGGUUGCCGGAGAAAAACGGAUGACAGCCAUCAGCAAGAUGGCGCAGGAGCUCGUCGAAGAAAACGUUAGAAACUUGGACAAGAUUGAAAAGACUUACCAGGACACCGCCAUUGAAUGGAAUAAACUCGUGAAGCUGAAGAAAAAGCGAGAAGAAAAAUUAGAGGACACAUCGAAAUGUGACGAGUUUGAAGCACAGUGCAGCGAGCUCAACAACUGGAUGCAGAAAGUCGAGCAAAAAUUGCAGAAAAAGGUAGUUGGCGACUCCGCCAAAGAAACUAAAAAUCUUCAAGCCGACAACGAUCGAUUGCUGACGGAAAUUUCCGCCAUGAAAGACGCUUUGGACAAGGCGCGGUUGAAUGUGGGUGACGACGAUGAGAGGGAGUCCAGCCUUCAGGAUCUCAGGACGAGGUGGAAGGACCUGAAGAAGGAGUGUACCCGCCAGCGUGACCUGCUUCAGGAUACGGUCAUCUUGCACGACCACCUCAACCACCUCCAGGAACUUUUGGAUGCUGUUGAAGUCUCACAAAAAGAGGUCGACGCGCUGGCAUGCGACGUCAACGUCUCUGUAGCUCAGCGCAAGCUGACGCAUUUGAAGGAAUGUGCAGAAAAGCACAAGAGGAAAAUCAAGAGAAGGAAACUACUCGAUGAUCACGUCACUUCUGGUCAUCCCCUUGAAAAUAAAUACAAUAAAAAGAUAAAGGACUUAGAGGAUGCGAUGAAUCGGCUUGAGAAGACUUUGCAGGAGAAAGAGCGUCUAUUUGAACGUCUGCAACGCCUGCGUGAUCUGGAAACAAGCAUUGAAAGCAUGACAGCCUUCAUACUCAGCACCAACUGCCUGAUUGACGCUCUACAGUAUCAGACCGUAGCUGACCUCACGCGGGCGAAGUCCGAGUUGAAGGCCAAGAAAGAGCAGAUGGACAUACAGCACCCAAGGUUCGCUAAGAUGGACGACGACUUGAACGCAUUGAAAGAACUUGGCAACGACCGCCUCUUGCCGGCAACCAAGAAACGUAGGAAGCUAGAAGAUGACUUCCAUCAACUUCUAGGCCGCAUUUCCGAGAAAAUAAACUCCACUCAAGUUUUGCUUGACGAAUCUUUGUUCCUGGUCGAUGCAGAAAGUUUCAUCGACUGGAUGAACAGCAAAAAGCUGAAAAUUGACGUUAAAGUUUCGAUUGAUGACGUUGAAAUGGAUUUGCAUCUUAAAAAGCAUCGAAACCUCCAAAGGGAGAUUGAUGCUGGUGAGAAACAAUACAAGAUUUUGGUUAAAACGGGAGAGCAGAUGCUCGAGAAAAGGCAAAAUGACAACGUUUCAGAGGCUUUGAAGAAGAUCAAGAGUUUGUGGAAAGAAAUGCAAGAAUCCGCAGCUGAGAAGCUUGUUCUUCUUGAUCAAGCUAACGCCUACAGCCAGUUUUGCAGUAAAGUCAAUGGCAUCAAACACCAGUUUGGUAAAAUCUCUGGAGCUCUCGCAGUGGAAAAAUGUGAACACUCCUACGAUGAGUUAAAAAAAUUAGAAAAUGAACAUCUGCAUACGGUGAGGAACUUGAAGUUUGUGAAGGCAAAACUAGAAGAGGCCCACACUAUGGGAGCAAAGCUUCUGGAGGCUAAACAUUCGGCCAGCCAAGACAUUCAAAAACAGCUUGAAGGAAUGGACGAGACUUAUGCCACUCUUCAGGAGGCAGAGCAGCGGCGGCGACAGGAGCUUUCCUUGAAGUUAGACGUUGCGCGCCUCUUGAGAGACGCUGGUAACGUCGCCUCCUGGAUCACAGAUCAAAUCAAACAACUUCGGCAAACUAAGGCGGACGACCUAAACAUAGAGGCCGCAGUUCACCAGCUCAGCGUCAUCAGUGACACGCAACUAUCGGCGCGCGUCAAGCGACGAGUCUUGGAUGAAGUCGUGGCUCGAGGCGAGCGGCUUGCCAGUCAAGGCGUCACGCAAGUAACUGCUCAUACGAAUGCCCUACUGGCAAGCUGGUCAAACCUGGAGAAGGAAAUCCAGACUGUCCAGGAGUACUGGGCUUUGUCAUUGGCUAUACGUCGCGCACAGCUCGAUAUCGCCGCAACAAAGACAUGGAUUGCCGCCAUGAAGACUUACCUCGAAACUCUCGAUGUCGACACGACAGAAAAUGAUUCUGAAAUCGAGGAACAGCUCCAGUUGCUGGCACUAAAAAUUGCUGACAAGAAGGCCAUGAUAGAAAACGUGACAGCGCUGCUGGCUGCUGCUGACAGCCAGCAUCCAGAGCGUCAGCCUCUCGCUGUUAAUGUACAGGAGGCGUCACGUGACCUGCAAGAGCUGGAACUUUUACUGCAGAAGGCGAAUGAGAAGAUGAGGCUGAUGCGGGAUUUGAAAUAUUUUCUUGAUGAGGCAGACUGCAUCUUAGCAAGCCGCUCGACGAACGAGCGUCGCCCCUUCGCCAGCAACGGACACCUGCAAGCGCUGCUGGACACCGCGGCUCGCGUGGCCCAGCUCAACCUCAACCCUGUCGUGCGCGCCGAGCUCGAGUCCAGGAGGGACAAAAUCGCUGAUAAAUUGGCUAGGAGAACAGCUAGAGGCAGCAGCCGCAGCGAGUAUGGAGGUAGCAGCAACAGCAGCAGCUGUUCAUCAGAUGAUGAUACUGUGGACGGUGCCAACAAACCCGAAAAGAUUUCCAAUGAAGCGCAGUGGCACAUCAACGUUGACAAUUUCAAUGAGCUCGUCGAGAAGAAAAAGAAGCUUAUCCCUCGCACCGCUGACUUUGAUGACUUGAAGCUCGUCAGGAAAAUCGAUUCAGAGCUCAAAGACCUCAAGAAAGACGUCAUGUGGAUGCUGCCCGUCUUCUUGAACAUACAACGGGAGUUCGAACAGCUUGAAAAGAAGGGAACGUUGUCUGACGAGAGCCGACGUGAGUGCGAGAUACGCUUCAAGAAGACCACGCUGCUCUGGGAAACGUUCAGGAAAGAGUUGGAAGAAGCACUCAAGGCUCUUAACAAUGUCAAGUUCUUCAUUGAAUAUAAAAACAGGGUUGAGCAUCUAGUGGAGGUGCUACAGGCCGCUCAGCAAACCAUUUCCGUGAAGUCUUCUAAGAACACUGUCAGCAUGCAAGUGUCCGAGCACGGAGUCAUAUUCUGCGAGCUCAAAAUGCAUGAUCUUGCCAUUAGUGAACUGCGACGUCAGCUUAAAGUUAUGGAGGAAGAACAGCACAACAACAAGCAAGAGGCUAAGAAACUGUUACAGAAGGUUGAAGUUGAGAUCCAGAAGACGCUGACUGAGUGGCAGCAGAAGCAGGAUUAUUUGCUUCAAUGCUACGACCUGGAAAAAUUCCAGAAAGAGGCUCGAGGCAUUGAAGAAGCGCUGCUGGAUUUGAACAACCACUUUAACUCUUCCCUUGUACCCACGACGCUGGUGGAGGCUUAUGAAAUGCUCCGCGUCCACGAGACACUGCAACGCAAGGCUUCAGCCGUGGCGCGCCGUUUAGCUGCCUGUCGACAGAAGGCUGAAGCCAUGGCGGCGUCGCGCCACUUCUACGCCGACGGCUUGAUGGAUGCCAUCAAAAAUCUUACCAGCAAAUGCCAGAAAAUGGAAUACGAUGCCAACAUACGCUUGACGCUUUUAAAAGCAGAAGAGACUUUCAUCACCUACCGAGAGUCAAUUGCAUCGCAAUCUGCGUAUCUAGAUCACUGUGACGUCAUCGUUGAUCUGGCAGCACAACGUCAGCGACAAAUCCAAACACGCAUGAAGAAGAAAAUAUUGCCUAGCAGCAAGAACCAAUCAAGACGAUCCAGUGCAGCCAGCGUUGUCAAUUCAAGCAAAGACAAAGAAGGACUUUUGAAUAAAUUUGUUGACAAAUUCAAAGAAACUUUUGAAGACUCGAGCAGCAGCAGCAGUAGCAGUGAAAGCGAUACUUCAGACCAUGAAACAGAAGAUAUGGAAGACGAGGCGGCCAUCUUGGAGAAACAGGAAAAGAUACGUGUGACCGUAGCAAGAAGGCGCGUGAAGAACCUAACGCAAUUCAAGCUCUUCGUGGACGAAUUCAACGCUCGAUCCCAAGCCAUCUUUGAGCUCAAAAAGAGAGGGGAUGACCUACGUGGCACGUUGCUCAGUCACAGUGCCGCUAUCCAGGACCUGACGGAGGCGCUGCUGGAGCACCAGGGCAGACUACACGCUGCACUGCUGGCCCAUCAGCGAGCCCUUGAAAUAGAACUUGAGAAACAUCAUCUCAGGACCUUGCAACGAAUUAUUCGGCGCAAGAUCAGAGAAAUUGAGGCAGCUCACCCUCUAAACGACACGGAGGAUCAGUACGAGGAACUGAUGCGUCUCAAGUGUAAACUCGACGCCUUGGCGACGGCGAACGAGCAUUUCAACGAGGAAUAUGAACAGAAAAUGUUCAAAGGACUUGACAAUGUUGUAGAAGAAUUGAUGGUUAAAGACCAAGCACAUUCACACGUAUUUGCUCUCAAGAAAAAUAACAUCAGGAACAGAUGGAACGCGGCCGUGAAGUCGUUGAUAACCUACCGCAUGUUAGUCGGCAAGAAGUUGGACAUGUUGGCGUUUAAGCAAGACAACGAACUGCUGCGCGAUGAGUUCAAUAACGUUGAUGGACAGCUCGACAAGAUGGACCCAGACGACACACUUGCAGAAAUAACCUCAAAUCUGCGAGAACUGAAGGCCCUAGAAGUUCUGAAACCAAUUAUCUCAGGCCGAAUAGACGCUGUCGAAAAAGAGGCACAGUCUUUGACCAAAAAGCAUGUUCAAGAGACAAAGACUAUCACCGAAAUUUUAAGAGAAACUCAAGCUCUCUGGAAAAAGUUGAAAAUCAAGUGGGAGUUGAAGGAGAAACAGCUUCUACAAGCACAAGAUGUACUAAAACUCGAAACAAAACUGCAAGAUCUACAGCAGUGGCUUGAAGAGACUCGUGAGCGACUAAUGGAUAAAGAAGUGCCAGAAAACAUUCGUCAAUGUGAAAUUUCUCUGCAAGCUCACCUCGAAUUCCAGGUGGUGUUGUCGAGUCGAGACCAAGAAUUCGCGGAGCUGCAGAGCGACGCAAAGAAGUUGUUCACAAUCACGAAGCCUAAGAAUGUCACCAAGAAACAAGUUCAGGCAACUAUAGACGGCAAGGCCACGCUCGGGAGACUCUGGAGCGCACGUCGCAAGCAACUGGAGGAGGAGAUGCUGAUACUCAAGUUCCGAGGGCUCGAGGCUAAAGUCAACAGGGACUUGGAGGCUAAGAACAAGAUGUUUGAAGAGGAGCAGACUCAUACCACGGCAGCGUCAGUGAAGAGUGAACUAAACGUCCUGGACGGGCUUGGUGUGGACGUGACAAGUCUCGACGAACUGCAGAGCCUCGUCAGGAAGGUGACGAAGGAGCGACGUGAGGCUGAGGCCCUGAAGCAGCGGGUUGCCCAGCUCUGCGACCGCAGGGUCCAGCUCUUGAAGCGUGUCCAGCAACGCAAGCAAGAGCUGGACGCCAUCUUGUCCUUGAUGGAGUAUAUAGAUCAGGUGGAUGAGGUGUUGCCAUGGAUCAAGAGUCAGCUGGAAGAGUCUGACGAAGUAGACUCGUUGUUGAGCAAGACGAAGCUUGAGAUCAUCCAGACGAGGCUGACAAGCGUCGAGCAAACUGUCAAGGCAGCUGUCAAGUCAGGCGAAGAUUUGGCAAAGAAGCACAAAGAGAAAGACAAGAUCCUAGGAAUUGUAGAUGAACUUACGACGUCUCUGCAGAGACUGAAGGACAAGUGCAUCAAUGACGAGUCUCGCUCAGACAGGAAGAAAAAGGUUCAGGAAUACCGUGCCAGAGCGAGGGAGGUCUCGGCUUGGAUGAACAAGGCGCUCAAGAGAGACGAUGUCGUGGAAGACGUUGAGGCUCAGCUGGAGGCUAUCAAAGAGGGGUUGAAGUUCUACCAACAACUUCAGGAAGAUGGUUUGGUCAUCAAAUAUAAGGUCGAGGGGCUCGACACAACCCGUCGAGAGCUGGAGUCUGAGUUCCCAGGCUGUAUGGAUGAGUCGUUCUCAGACGACGACUUCAGCGACUAUGACUUCAGUGACGAUGAAAGUGACUUGACUGACUUGAAGGACUUGAAGGACUUGACGAGCAAGUGGCGUGUCUUCAUGAAGAAGGUCAAGGCUGAAGUAAAUAGACUUAAAAGUUUGAAGUCCGCCAAGGAAUUUACGACGCAGCUGGAUAGCAUCAUGGAGUGGACAAAAGAGAUCAUGGAGAGGAUGGAUGGGCUGGAGACUGACCACGCUGACUCCACCUCUCACUCCAUAGACGUCGAUAUUUAUAACACGGAGCAGCUGGAGAUCGAGAAGGAAGUAAAGCGCCGGAACCUGGAGGUGGAGACUCUGCUCCAGACAUGGAGGGCGAUGGUGCAGUCUCCAGAUCUCCCCAUGCGGGAGGAACUGGAGAUGAAACUGGAAGAACUGGAGCAAGAGUGGAAGCAGCUCCAGCACCGCUUGAAAAAUACCAAGAAGAUGCUGAGUCAUAAUAUCGAGUCUAAGGACAUGAUCCGGGACUUGCACCUGCUGGAUGAAUUCAUUGACAAGCACGAGGAUCAGGUGGAGAGCCUGGGUGCAGACGUGGAGGGAGGCUCCGUGGAGCAGGUGGAGGAGGACUUGCGACAGCUGGAGCAGCUCAUGAGGCAGAUGGAGCACUACGAGAACAAUUACAAAGCCAUCAAGAAAAUGGAGCAGCAUCAGAUGGAUUUUUCUGACGAAGAAUCCUCGUCUUCUGACAGCCAAAAAUCAACGCCAGCACAAAAAGAAGCUGAGGAAGCGGGUGACCUGAGCUCCUCAGAUUCUAAAGAAGAGCCACUGAUAGUUUUGGAGCCGGAACCUGAAGUCCAGAAACUGGAUUCCGUGGAUAGCAUCUCAGAUUCCAAGCCGGAAUUGUCCGUGGAAUCGAGUAAAAUUCAGAAAAAUAAGAAGAAAGAUAAGAGUGGACUGAUUAAAUCUCUUGGGAAUAAAUUGAAAUCUUUUGUUGAUGCCGUUGAUUCGUCAUCGGAAUCCGACAGAGAUAAAGUAAAGGCGUCAAAAGUUGAAGGGAAGAAGGCAAUGAAAAAGGGAACUGAUAAGGAGGUUAGACCAAAAAAGAAACCGGACGAAACUAAAGUUACCAAGAAGAAUGAAGUCAAGGCAAAGAAAAGCAAUGAAAAUGGCAAGAAAGAAAAACCUUCCAAAACGAGUAAAAUUGUCUUGAAAAAAAAUUCCUCAAAAAAGUUGGAGUCUUCCAGUGAAAGCGAGUCAAGUGAAGCUUCCUUGUCAGAGUUUGAUGUUGAAUCGUUCGUGUAAGGAUUCAACAGGAACGAAAUCCUCCGUCAUCAACGGAUCCUUCAACCCCCAAAUAUCUUUCAAGACGACCAAUUAUUGUAUAAAUUAAAAUUAACCGAAAAAAGAAUAGUUUUAUAAGAAUUCCGCAUUUCAAGAACAAGUGAAGAAUAUUUUUGGUUAUUCUUGAAAUAAAUUCACAUUUUUGUACUUGAGGCCUUGAUUUUGCAAUCAGUCGAAAAUUUCCUGUAAUUCUAAUUUUUUUCGUAGCCGACCAUUCAGUUCUGUAAACAAUAAUAUUACCCAAGUUCUACGUCAAAACCGCCAGGCUUAGCACUAGUGAUUCUACGUUUCGUUAAAAAGUAUUUUUGAUCAUAAUGUGAUUCAGAUUCAUAAGCUUUCUGUGUGAUUUAAUAUCCUAGCAGAACGUUUCAAGGUAUAUUUUAUAUUUAGCAGAGAAAAUUAUUAUUUAACUAUUUAUAAAAAUCGUGCAUGGCUUCAUGAUUAUUCAUUGCAAGAUGUUAUAGGCUUGAUUUCAGUUAUAUUUUACUGAUUCAAUACUAGGAAUAUUAUAUGAAGUAUUUAUCUUUACAAUGUUUCUCUUUUACUUCGAUAAUAGACGUCUUUCAUUCGAUAUAAACUUCGUAAAGUGAAAAUUUCGCAAUCUUUCAUGAAAAAUUCAAACAUUAUUUUUCCGUCUAACUAGAUUGCCCUUAUCAUAAAAAUGUUAAUGCUAAGUUUUAAUUAUAAUUCAUAACUCUACUUUAGUUCGUAGAGCAACUGUAACACAAUAUGCUUGAACUGUAAAAGAAAUAAAUGUUUCCAAAAGUAA